AUGCCGUGUGUGAGCUCCAGCCAUGAUUUUCCCAAGCCGCAGGCAUGCCCAGAUUGGCUCCAGAGUAUAAUGCUCGAGAUGCCCCCUGCCGCUGCUCUUGCCCCAUGCUUUCCCGCCGUCGCCAUCUGGCUCGAAGCAAAACUCUGCCAGCGCCUCGCGCUGCCUUGCUACCAGACCAGCACGCCCCGCACCGAGCAGCCGCUACCGAGCUUGCAGACCAUGCCGCCCAAGUUCCGACAGGUUGACGUGCUCGCUGCGCUCCGCCGCGGGGAAGCAGAGGAAGCCAUUCGCGCCGACCUCCAGGCCCGCGGAUGCCCGCCGCCGCGCAUCUCCCAGAUGUUCAAGGGCGCGCGCGACAUCAUGAAGGCGGAUGUCGAUGCUGAGUAUGUGGAGGCGGAGCACAUGGCGCCGCCCGUGAGGAAGCGGCCAGCCAGCGCCGCGCCGAUGGCAGCGGCGGCGGCGCGGCGCCGCCUGAGCGGGAAGCAGCCCGGCGCGGCUGUCGCGCCGCCCCCGCCGCCGCCCACGCAGACGCAGAAACGCCCAGCGUCUCAGCCUGGCGCCAGGGCGCCCAAGCACCCGAAGGUCGAGAAUGACGCGGAGGUCGACGACGCCGUGGCGGCGGGCCCCGUGGUGAAGAAGCCGGCAGGGCCUCGCGGCUCGUCUCAGUUCUGCAUCGGCUGGAAGCAGCCGCAGGAGGGCUCCGACGAGGUCAUCCAGCAGGAUUGCAUCUUCUCCACCUCUACUCCUGGCGCCCAGGUACGGCGUGGGCGCGGCGGGAAGAAACGCUGCGUCUGCUGCGACGUCGACGCGCUGCCAGACAGGGUUGCGGAGAACAACGUCAAGGGCCGGGCGAAGGCCAUGCGCUACCUGAGGGCGCUGCACCAGUUCGAGGACAAGACCCCAUACGACCUCUUCAAGGCGAGGGUGGAGAAGGCCGGAUUCGUGAUCCCCGAGGAGCGCGUCAGGCAGCCGAAGCGCGGCCGCAAGCCCGCCGAGAAGAAGGUGGCGGACUGGGCCGAGGCCAAGGCGAAGCGGCAGACCACCCAGGAGCCGCCCGACCGCAAGCAGAAGCGCAAGUUCCGCCAGAAGGUGCUCGAGGACCAGCGGUACGCGAAGAACCUGGUCUUUCCGAGGUCGGAGAGGCGGGCACGUGCAUCGGGGGCAGAGCUGGACGCGCCCGUGGAAAACGGCACUGGGCUGCCGCCUGCGGAGUACUCCGACUACUCCAAGGCCUUGGAGGCCUGGUGCCUCCGCGGCUCCUGGGGCAUGUGCCCCAAGUGCCAGGCGAUGCAGCCGCGCGAGUUCUACGAGGCGGACCUCAGGCGCGAGCGCAAGCCCGAGCUGGCGAAGUGGCAGUGCAAGCUCUGCAACGCGAAGCGCAAGCACUACGUCCCGAAGCCCGAGGACGUCCCGAAGCCGCUGCAGGACCUCACGCACGAGAUCAUCAGUGCGCUGAGCCUGUUGGACGUGGACGUCGGCGACGAGGUCCGCUCCCGCGACGCCAAUGGGCAGCCGAAUGGCUAUCGGAAGAAGGUCAAGAUGAUCCGAUUCUCCUGGAGCGAGAAGUCGCCCAAGAAGAAGUUGCGCAAGCUGCCGCACGCAGACAAGGAGAAGGCAAAGGCUGCGUACAAGCAUCUCCUGGAGUGCGAGGAGAGCUCGUACAAGGACUUCCACAAGGAGCGCGAGGACUUCUUCAACGGAAAGCGCGACAAGCCCGACGAGCGCCAGCGCCUGCGCCCGCUCCAUUUCAUCGAGAAGGACGGGCUCGAGUGUGCGAUCUGGCCGCACUUGUACUGGACGACGAAGAUGUGCGAGUCACACGAGCGCUAUACAGACCAGCGGCGAGCAGAGCGGCGCGCUCGCAAGAAUCGGCGCGGCGCGGCUGCAGACUCCGACGACGACUCGGACAGCAGCGGCCACGGAGCAGACCACCAGGAGGACGUGCAGAGCGAUGGCUCUGGGCGCGCGCAGAGCUGCUUCCAGCGGUCAGACGAAUCGGACAGCGACAAGAACCACGACUCCGACAAUGACGGCUCGGACAGGGGUGGCGACCGGACCGCAGGCGAGGGCGACGAGGAGACCGACGACGACAACGCGGAGGGCGAGAGCACGGGCAACCACAGCAUCAGGAGGAGCUUCAUGGCGAAGGUGCUGUCCCCACUCAUCGGCUACGGCGACUGCUUCGAGCUCCUGCAGUUCGUCUAUGACCUCAGCCUGUGGAGCACCCUCGGCGGCCGCAAGAACUUGGGCCUCGGCGAUGCAGUGCCUAUGCGAGUGCUGAUGAAGGGCAACUCGUUCAGCCCGAUCUAUUGGAGGGAGGUCCACAACGGACUUAUCGAUCUCGUGCGCCAGGUCGGCAUGCCGAAGAUGUUCUGGACCAUCUCGCCGUACGAGUACCUCACCCCGUACCACGAGUGGAUGCAGGACGAGAUGGCCAAGAGCCUCCGCAGUCGCAUGCACCUGCCAGCGGCGGAGAGCCUCCACAUGGCCCACGCGCUGCUGGAGAUCACGCACGGUCUCCUCACUGGCGUCAACCGCGUGGGGAUCUCGAAGAAAGGCGGCGGAGGAGCAUGGAAGAAACACAUCCUCAGCAACAAGGACGACGCCAGCAAGCCCAUCAAACUGAUCGUCUUCACGCGCCUGGAAUUCCAGGAUGGCAGCCGCAAGGAGGGUACGUUUCGGUACCAGGGAAGCGGCCGUCCGCACGCGCACGUCUUGAUCUUCGCCGACGAGCUGGAGCCCGCCAAGGUUGAGCAGUUCGUAAAGGCGAGCCUGCCCCUGCAGGAGAACCUGGCGCUCAGGGGUAAAGUGCUAUGCUCGCAGAAGGAUCGGAGCGACGACUCGAAGUGGCCCAUCUACGAUGGCCCCGAGGGCUGGAGCGACGAGACCAGCACCCUGAAGCUGAAGCACUUCGAAGAUGACGAGGACGCGGGCGUCCAUCGCGCCUACUUCACCGAUAUCAUGGAUGGCUUCCCGUGCCACCAGGAUCUGCAGGUCUCGGACGGGGAGUCGCUCCUGCUGCAGUAUGUUACGAAGUACGCGGCGAAGUUCUCGGACGCCGCCUUCGACGACUGGUUCAACGACGAAGGCUCCGCCACCUCGGUGGCGCGGCGCAUGGUGAAUGAGCACCAUCCAUACGAGCCUGAGAUGUGGCUACAGCUCAACGGCGCCAAUUUCAAGCAGUGGCGCGUGUCCACGGCCAGCAAGGGCAAGCGCGACGUACGAGCUCCCUGGCCAGGGAUGGAGACGGCGCCUGCGUUCGUGGACCAGUACGCCAAGGCCAGCAGGACGUGGCGCCGCGCCGACAUGCCGCUGCUCGAGUACCUCAGGAAGACCAGCGACGAGGGCCAGAUCGCACACUGGAUUGCAAAGCCCUGGCGCGGGCAAGUGCUGCGCGAUGCCCACGCGGCGUGCGCCGAAGAGGGGGGCCAGCUGCCGCUCGAGAAGUUCCGCAUCGGCGCCACGGUCAAAAACUUCAACCACUAUCGUGCAGACCGCGCCCGCCACGCUGCCCACCAGGCGCACGUGCACGCGGGCGGCUCGCUCUCGCUCGACAAGUUCCUCGACGAAAUCUCCGAGGGGAAACACCAGGGGUUACUCGCCAAGGCGACAGACGACGUGGACUUUCGCGACUUCGCCAGAGAGCACGCCGAGAAGAAGCUGCGCGAGACCGCCGCCGCAGACGCCGAGAUCCCUGUGCUGCCGACGCCGCCGCUCGGCAACUUCGCUGGCGACUUCCCGAUGCGCGGGGAAAAGAUCGUGGCCGUCGACCACGUCUACCGCCUGAACGACAAGUUCUUCGGCCAGUGGCUGGCGCUCAACGUGCCCUUCCUGGAGAGCAUGGACGAGCUCCUGGAUGGUGAGGUCGACCGCCUGCUGCCGAAGAAAUAUCGCUGGUUCGCCACCGCCCUCCGUCGCUGCGAUGACCACGACCGCGUGCCGAUCGAGCUCCGCGACUUCUGGCGACGCCCCGACCGCAUCCGCACCGAAAUGAAGGAGGAGGCGCACACCGACGACCACAUCGAGGACGUCCAAGCCAUGGUCCAGGGGCAGAUAACCAUCGUCCAGGAAUAUCUGUCGGGCGUGCGCGACCGCGCCGCGGAGGAGCACGAGCUGCUGUCUGCCGCGGACGGUGGCGACCCGCAGCAAGCACGCGCCGCAGCGCCCAUGGAGUUCAACGCGCAGCAGAAGAAGGUCGAGAAGUUCGUGAACAGGGCCGUCGACUGCGCCGUCGUCGCCAACCACUCCGAGAACGCUCGGGAGGCCGACGCAGCGGGCGACGAGGCCUGGCAGGAGAACAAGCCGAUCAUCGUUCUGGGCAAGCCGGGCACGGGCAAAACCACGGUCGUCAAGGAGUGCAUCCGCCGUGCGAGCUCCAAAGGCGCCAACAUCCUCUUCGCCUUGCCGACGGCGCAGCUCGCCAGCCGCAUGCGAGAAGCACUGCGCGGCGUCGACAACGUCUGCGUCGACACCUGCCACGCCGCGUUCCGGUUCGGCCAGCCGACCUCCGAGACGCUCGCCCUCAUGACCUCCUACGACAUGGUCGUGGUCGACGAGAUCUCCCUCCUGGACCUGCCCCACUUCCAGUCGCUGAUGAAGAUGUGGCACUUGGGCGCCAAGAGGAUUCCGGCGCUCAUCAUCCUCGGAGACAAGCAGCAGCUGCCGGCCAUCGACGCUGUGAAGAACGGGCGCCCAUGGGAGAGCACCGCCUGGGCGAGCUGCACGAUUGUGACGCUCCACCAGGCCUGGCGCUGCAAAGACCCCGCCUUCCUCAAGAUCCUCGACACGCUCCGCGUGGACAAGCCCAGCGCCAAGAUGCUCCGGAGCAUGUGCCGCGGCCACAAGGCCUGGUCCUCCGACGACCCCGACAAGGACGACGUCGUCCGGCACCUGAACGAGCACGAGAAGACCGUGAUCGUCACCUGCACACGCCACAAGGCGGAGGCCAUCAACAAGCUCGCGGUGGAGGGCCUCUUCGCUGGCCGCAGACCGAUCGCCACGCUCGAAGGCGAAAUCGACAUCAACCCGGCGAACUACGACGAGGGGGGCUUCCGAGAGGACCGCAAGCCCGUCCCCGCGCAGGUGCCGAUCUACAUCGGGGCGCGGCUCUACCUCGCGCAGAACGUCAGGAAAGACGACGACUACGUGAACGGAAUGGCGUGCACCGUCCUGGGCUACACGCCGAACGGCCGCGGCGGCGUGCUCAAGGUGCGCACCAAGACGGGCCACCUCCUGCCGAUCACGAUGUGGACCAACACCAAGGUCAAGGGCCACAGCGUGCGCCACUUCCCGAUUCGCCUCGGCUACGCCAGCACAAUCCACAAGGUUCAGGGCGACGAGUUCGCGCACAUCACCGUCGUGCUCGACAAGAAGUUCUGCCCUGCGGCGGGCUACACGGCACUCUCGCGCGUGCAGCGGGGCUCCGACUACUCGCUCGCUGGCAAGCUCACGCCCGAGCACUUCAUCCCUGCCACGUGGUUGGACCCCGCGUGA